AAACCCCGCUGCAGCCUCCUAGCCCCCAGCCUGUCCCCCCGGCCGCGUCACCCCACCGGGCUCUUCCCGUGACUCUGCGCCAGCUGCUUUUUGCUGCGAUGCUCUAGACCCAGGACCCCAAAUCUCUAAUUUCUGCUUGGGGUCGAGACGGGGCCGUGGAUGCUCUGAGUCCCUGCUCACCCCGCGUGGGUGCCCAGGCCCGGCAGGAUGCGGUGCCGCCUGCAGACGCUCGUCCAAAGGAAAUUUAAAAUCCUCCUCCUCUUCCUCCUGCUCUCGGCCCUCCUGCUGCACCUGGCGAUGGAUUUAGCUCUCCCCACGGCUCGCAGGCUCUGGAGCUCUGGUGGGAAAGCACCGAAAGGUUCGGGUGCCAUGGCGGGCAGCCCCUUGCUGGCCGGCCCCAAAAAGCUGAGCCUGCGGAUCCUCCAGGACUUCAGCGGCAGCAACGGCUCCGUGGAGAGAAGCUCCCACCCGCAGGGAGCAGGGCCAAAAAUAAAGGACCCAGGGGUCCAGCAGCAGCGUGGGGACGUGAAUCGGGCACGGACCAAGGGGUCCAAGCUGGCUGCGCUGUUUGAGCAUCCCCUCUACAACAUCCCGCUGCCGGAGGUGACGGACAAGGACAAGCUGUUCGUCGUCAACCCCAUGGAGAAGUUCAGCCUGCAAAGCAGCGGGAGCGACGAAUGGGUCAGCAGCAGUAAAGCCGAGGCGAUCCUCCCGACAGGGAAGACGGCCUACGACACCUACCCCGCCUGGCUCAAAUUCCACGUCGGCAUCAACCGCUACGAGCUGUACCCCCGCCGGGACCCCCUGUUGCCCACCCUCCUCCACGACCUGGCCACCAUGAGGAUCGUCAGCUCGGUGCAGAAGUCCGGUGGCACCCAGCUGAAGCUCAUCAUGACCUUCCCGAAUUACGGCCAGGCCCUCUUCAAGCCCAUGAAGCAGAGCCGGGACCAGGAGACCCCCAUGGACUUCUUCUACUUCUCAGACUUUGAGCGGCACAACGCGGAGAUCGCAGCCUUUCACCUGGACAGGAUCCUGGAUUUCCGGCGAAUCCCUCCGGUUUCUGGCCGCCUGGUGAACAUAACGAAGGAGAUCCGGGACAUCACAACCGACAAGAAGCUGGCCAAGACUUUCUUCAUCUCCCCAGCGGGCAACGUCUGCUUCUACGGGGAGUGCUCCUACUACUGCUCCACCGAGCACGCGCUGUGUGGCAAACCCGACCAGCUGGAGGGCUCCGUGGCCGCCCUGCUGCCCGACAAAACCCUGGCCAAACGCCGCUCCUGGCGCAGCCCCUGGCGCCGCUCCUACCACAAGAGCAAGAAGGCCGAGUGGGAGCUGAACCCCAACUACUGCGCCCAGGUGCGCCAGACGCCGCCCUACGACAGGGGCCAUCGCCUGCUGGACCUCAUCGACAUGACGGUGCUCGACUUCCUCAUGGGCAACAUGGACCGGCACCACUACGAGACCUUCGAGAAAUUCGGGAACGACACCUUCCUGCUUCACCUGGACAACGGCCGCGGCUUUGGCAAGCACUCGCACGACGAGAUGUCCAUCCUGGCCCCGCUCCAGCAGUGCUGCAGCAUCAAGAAGUCGACCUACCUGCGGCUGCAGCUGCUGGCCACCCGGCCCUACCUCCUGAGCGAGCUGCUGCGGGAGGCGCUGGCCGCCGACCCCCUGGCCCCCAUCCUGACCGAACCCCACCUGCGGGCGCUGGACCGGCGCCUGGGCAAGGUGCUGGCGGCCGUGGGACGCUGCCUGGCCCGGGCAGCCUGGCCCGGGGAGGUGCUGGUGGAUGAUGUGGGGCCGUGGGUGUGAUAUGGGGUCGGACGGAUGGGGUUCAGCACCCCGCGGGCGCAGGGAGUGUGGCGUUGGGGUUUGGCGGCCCCGUACACCAUAUAGUGGAUGGGGGCGUUUGGGGUGAUGCGGUGGGGCAGACCGGGAGGAUCGCAGGGACGGGUGGCUUAUUUAAAUAAAAAGGUUGGCCUAGUGGAGAAAACA